AUGGAUAAACUACUUUCAAAGGCUGGUACAACUUUAGUGACAUUUGCUGUGCGUUCUGGGGUUCAAUUGGCUUCUAGUUAUGUAUUGAAAUCAGUUAGCAAAUUAGUCGAGGGAGUUCCGGAGAAAGAUCGACGGAGAGUCGAGCGCUUAAAGAUCAAAUUACAAAAUAGAAUUGAUAUUAUCACGCAUGCAAUUGAAUUGAUACGUUUGAUUGCGGCUAGGGGGAAUACUGAGAUGGAAGGAACAAUAAACCUAGCAGAUGAGCUUAAAUCAGAAAUUGAUGAUUUCCACGAUUAUAUAAACGACUUAUCAGAGAAUGAGAGUUUAAAAAAGGAGGAGAUCGUCUCAAUUGAAAAAUCCAUGAAUAUCCUUUUGCUGAAGAUUAACCAGACAAUUCCUAUCAUUAAUCUAGCAUUAACGACAUCAGGUGCACGCCUCAGCGGAAAUAUGAAUAGUUUUGUCUCGCCAGGUCAACUUCUUAAAUCAGCUGCUAUUGUUCAUGAUUCCAAUGAAAUAUAUAAAACAGCGAUAAGGAACAGAGAUAAUGAUGAGGUUAAUAUUCAAGUUGGGCCAUCAUUUGAUAUGACAACAUACGAUAUAUUCUAUAGUGCACCUGAUUCCGGGUCGAAUCAAAGCAAGGCGAAAAUCAUUUGGAAAGAACGUUAUCCCAGAAGUACUAUCCGGAUAAUACGGGUUGUGAAUAAAAACUUUGAAUAUUCAUAUAUCCUUGGUAUUGAAGAAAACUUCAAUGAUGAGAGAUAUCAUGAUGAGGAUGAUAAGCCAGAGCAAAUUAAAGUUGAUACAAGGGCAAUUCAUAGGGUCUUUUUUAGUGCUUCUGGAAAGCUUUUAAAGCUCGAAGAUAGAAAUUCUCCUGUCCUUGUUUUAAAAGUGCGAAAAGUUACGACGGAACAAAUUGACAAUGAAAUAACGUCUCAAACUGGAAGGACUAAAAAUAAUAAAAAAGCAGAAAGUAAAUUUGAUUGGCUGGCCUUCGGAUGCUACGAUGAUACUGAUAAUGGUGACGAAAGUACAAAAUCCAGCGAAUCUGAUGAAGAUACUGACAGUAAUAAUGUUGGAGUUAAUGCAGCGGAUGUGAUCAGUGUGAAAGAACCUAUCAUCAAAAAAGAAAAUGCAGUUAAGCGAAAUUCAGCAACUUAUAAUCGAAAAGCAAUUAUUCCUGAAAUUCCAUUUGUAAGCAAAUCACUCUCCUUAAUGGAAUAUUUACUCAGAAUCUGUGCUCUUCAAGCCAAUGAUCAGCAGUCAGUUUUUGAUGUGAAAGAUGAGAGGUUAAGACUUUAUUUAAAUGAUGAGAAUACUGUGAGAUCCGAGAAUGAAGAGACUGAAAUAGAUCAUCUGGAAUCUAAGUUCAAGAACUUAACUGUUAACGAUAAAUUGACGAUGAGUGGAUCACCACGCAAAACUUUAUCCCAGAUUGAACAGAAUAAGGAAGCUGAGUCUAAAUGA